AUGCUCCUCCAACCCAUCACCAACCCAGGCAAAUAUGCCCGCUCACUCGCCGUCCUCCUCAGCAUAUGGGCCUUCAUCUUCCUUUUCUCCCCCUUCAACCUUCGCAUCGACCACAGCAAAAUCAGCUACGACGAUGAAGCACUCUGGGGCAGCUCUCUCAACCGGCACGACAUUUGCCGUCUCUACGGCUGGAAACCCUACCAGCCCCGUCAACCCUCGGACCCUCCCCGCAAGCUCUACGAUUUGGUUCUAGUCACCUCGGAACUCGACCUGCUCGAAGUCCGUCUUAACACCACCUGGGAUACAGUCGACUAUUACGUUCUUGUUGAGAGUGCCAAAACUUUUACGGGAAGAAAUAAGCCGCUGCUGCUUAAACGGGCCUUGGAUGAAACUCCUUCGAGGUUUGACGCCUAUAAGGAGAAGAUUAUUUAUCAUCAGGUGGAAUACCCCGAUGAUUUCAACCCGCCGACUACUAUUUUGAGAGCAUCCGGAUCUGGAACUGGGCAUGGAUCGGUAUCACCUUGGGAAGACUUCAACCUAAACGCCAUGUUCGACCAAGUCUUCCCCUCACUCGAAGCCGAAACCGCUCCUUCCUCUUCCGCCAACCCCAACUCAGAGCUCAGAUCAAGCUACCCCCCUUCCCUCGUGCCUGCACAAAACUCUUCCUCUUUUGUAGGAUCGCCCCGCCGUCCCCAUCAAAAUGACAUCCUCAUCCUCUCCCUCGCCUCUGAGAUCCCCCGCCCUCGCACCCUCGGUCUACUAAGAGAAUGUUUCUUCCCCGAGCGCCUGACCCUCUCCUCAAAAAUGCAUUACUACUCCUUCCAGUUCGUCCGUCGCCCUUCAUGGUUUUCUGCCUCGCAGACUUAUGCCCCUGGGUUCUGGGAUCAGAAGGGCAUGGAAGGGAGGGAGAAGAUGCAAGAGGUGGAGUGGGCACAUCCGCAGGCUACGGUUUAUCGAGGAAAGAAGACUGUGGAUAUGGCGGGUUUGAGGUACGACUCUCGUUCUGGUUCUGCUUCUGGGAGUUCUGGCUCUCGUGGUACUGGGAGGGGAUGCAUGGGGUGGACCGGACCGCGCGACUGGGCUAGCAAAUGGUUAGCCAAAUGGGAAGGACGACAAACCCUCCACAACGCGAGCUGGACAUGCGAGUUUUGCUUCCCUACCUUAUCAGAAUUUCUGCUCAAAAACGACGAGGUGUACGGGAUGAGGCAUCGCCAUCGCCUUGGCGCCGACUCGCUUGCAGCGAAAGAAAGUGAAAAGGAGAGGAUAGUUCGUUACGUAAGAGAGGGGAAAGAUCUGUGGUCUGAUAUACACGAGAAAGAGAGGAGCAAGAACUGGGUGUUUGAGGAGGUGGUUAAUAACACUGAUGUUCCGAGUUUCUUGUUGGGGCCGGCGGGUAAAGAGGGGGAAGCAGGAGGAGGAGAGGGAUUUGGGUAUUUGGUGGAGAGAGGGGACAGAAGUGGUAGGUUUAGGGAUUGGCAGGUGCCUAAAGCUGGGUUGGAAGAGCUAAAAGAUGCAAAGGAAGGAGCAGACGAGAAAGUGAUAGGGAAACAGGGGUAA